AUGCAACACUUAAAAUGCAGCUACGGAGGGGGAGGAGUCCCUGCAUCUGCCAGAGGAGAGAGCAACCCGGCAAUCGGUUUCCUUAACAUCGAAUUUGUGGGUUUGGCCAUCCUGUCUCAGUCUGUGCGCAACCAACACCGACCUCUUUGCGCUGAGAGGACAUCCCUCUCUUUGGACGGAGAUACUCUUGCAUCCAACCCACGUUCAUUCUAUGGUUCGGGACUUCGGGCCCUGCCGCAAGCCGCCCGAGACAAACUACUCAUCGACGGAUCUGACUGGGUCAUAGAAACGGCGAAGAAAGCCACUUUUGAUGGGCUAUGGAAUCCAAUUGGUGACCGCUUCCGUCUCGCACCAGGGAGCAGUAGGAGCCUUUUGUAUCCUUACAAAUCGCGAGCAUUUGACGAGACACCUCCCGCCAAGAGAUGGACGACCCUCCUCCCAGGAACGAGAAAAACCGAUCAGUACCAGCCACAACACUCGGAGGAUUACGUAGUACCUAGUCGGGACCAAAUCGCAGCAUUGACCAACCAGCCCUUCUCCCAGGCUGCAUCCACGGCACAGCUUCCUCAUGCUACAAGCCCACAGAACGACCCAGAUGCAGGAGGCAAUGCGGGGACGACCGCGAUCGUCCCGGUUUGA